AUGGCUGGCCGCCGCGGCUGCGUGAACUCGCUGUGGUCGGGCACCGAGCGGGUCCGCAUCGGAGAGCGCCUCAAAGCGACGCUGGCCGGGGUGCUGGAGCUGGAGCUGCUCAGGUGCAAACACCUGGGGAUGGUGGACGCAGCUCUGGAGGACCGCGCCACAGACGGGGAGCAGAGCUCUGCGACAUCCCGCAGGCAACAGGCUCCCUCUCCCUCAGAAAUAAUGGUAUCGCCCUGUCAGACCAGCCCGGAGGACUCUGGCAGUAAUUCUGGGGAUGGGACGGUUCAUUCCUCAUCUGGCAGGGCAAAUAACUCACGCUGGUCUACUCUUUCUUGGGAUGCCCCAUCUGACCUACUGUCUCCCCCAACACCAGACCCUAGUGGUGCAGUCCACCUGGAUAGUGACUCCAGACCUAGUUCAGGUUUCUAUUCAGUGAGCGGGAGCUCCCUGUCAGACUCUUGCUAUUCUGUGUCCAGUGAUGCCGCUCAGGGAGGACCGGUGCCACCAGCCAGACCCCUGAAGCUUUGGGAGCAGGCUCCUCUUACUGCUGACAAUACUGACAUCUUGUGGUCAGAUGGUGUAAUGAAGCAGCAGCAGACACAGCAGCCUGCAGUUUAUACCUGCCAAGAUGAUGCUGAACAAACAGAGGGGACAUCAGUUUCAGUCUCAACUGACCUUGAAGCGACUGGUUUGAGCUUUCUGUCUGACCUCUGCUCAGGCCUCGGUGACUCUUUGAUUUCUUCCAUCCUCCCGCUUCUUGAUCCCUCCUCCUCUUCCUCCACCUCCUCCCUCUAUCCGAGACCCCAGCUGGAUUCUCGCUACUGUACAGACCUGGUGUCCCGUCGGACCAAAGAGGUAUACCCCUACCCCAGCCCACUGCAUGCUGUUGCUCUCCAAAGCCCCCUCUUCACCUCCCAGAGCCAGGAGCAAUCAGCUUCUCCAAGUCCUGAAGCAACCCAACCAGAUGAACCAACAGAAUCCACUGCUGAUUUAAGUAUGCCUCUCCAGCCUCAGCAGCCCACAGCUCAGGCCUCUUUCACCCAGCUGGAGCAGUACAUCUCUCGAUUAGCUCGCCAAUAUCACAGUCGGGUAACCGCUUCCACCUCUGAUCUCACUUCAGCUGCUACACACUGUCCAGUCACACAAAAAGGCCUCUGUACCCCUGGCAAAAGUCAUGGUUCCACUCAGUCCCUGUCUGCCUUUGAGAGCCGCAGUACACCCACCACUCUGCCAGGGGGCAGCAUCACACCCUGCAAAUCACUGCUGGGGAACUCUGCCAGAGUCAGCCUCAGCACUACUGGGAAAAAAGCCACCAGGAACUCAAUCAACCUGGGUAACCUUCCCUCUGCAACUGGAGAGGAUUUGAACAUUAAUUUGCAUCUCAAUCUCAACUUGAACCUUACUCCUGGUUUAAAUUCUGGCCCGGGAACGGUAGACAAUCCUAAACAUGGCAGUUGUGGAGCUUUGCGGAGUGAUUUAGCUGCGGCUUCCACAGCUUCUACAUCACUCUCCACUUCAACACCCACCCCAGCACUUAGAGCUCGACCUCGCAUUUCCACCUGUCCCUCCAGCCUGAGCCACCGCAGUUCCCUAGAAGUUACUUCAGGGUCUGUAACCAGUUCUGGAUUUGGGUCAACCGCCUUCUGUCGAUCAUUAGACUGGAGCAGUGGUCCUCCACCUGAGGCUGGUACAUCAGUAUACGGCACAAAUUCUGGAUCAGCUCCUGGGUCUCAGCGCAGCAGCUUGAUCCAAGAGUCAAAUUCCAGUCCCAAGCUAAGCGAAGACUCCCCCAUGGUGGGAGAGAUCUCCCGCCUUUCUGGCCUAUCAAGGUCUGUCGUAGUCGGCCUGAUGGAACAAGGUGUGGAACUGGACAUUGACUGCUUCCAAGCAGAUACAGCAGGUGACGUGAGGGGUCAUGGUAAAACUCACCUGACAGCCCAGACAGAUCAGUUGCAUGACUACACUAGACUGACUGAACUGAGCCCUCAGAGACCAAUACAGCUGUCUCUCAGUGUCACCCACUCCCCGCAGUCUCAGUGCAGUCUCACCCCUCCUCUCUCCCACUCCAGCAGCCCCAUUCACCCUUACCAGUCCAUUCAUAUUCCCUCUGCCCACUACUCCUCACACUGCCACUACCAGCAGAUCCCUUCCCCAUCUGAUCUUCCUUCCUCCACAGCCUCCUCCCCUGCCUCCCGCCCUACCGCAAGGGGCCGCUCCCCUCCACGGCCUCUCCAUCCUUCCCCCUUGGGUGCCACCCCUCUCUCUGUUUUCCGAAGGGAUGCACCCUUCCAGUGUUCUCUGCCUCGUACCCAUAACAGGACCUCUCCUUUGGAGCAUGGCGGCAUCCAGCCAAGGGGUGGAUCACUUCGGCAAAGUGGGGGAGGAAGUGGGGGUACCGGUGGGUGGAAGAGGGUGGAGGGGCUCUACAAAGGGAAGCAUGCCUCCCACAAGCUGAUCAGGGCAGCUACAGUGAGCAGCUAUGGCAAGAGAGAGGACUACAGCUCUGUUUGGGGUGAAGAGGAGGAGAGGGAGCGAACAGAAGCCCAAACAUCCAGAAAGACCUCUAACAAACUCUGGAGGGGCUUCGAGGGUCGCCUCUGGGGUAAAGAGUCGGAGAAUGAAAGAGAGGAGAUGGAUAGAGCCGAGUAUGGCUAUGGAUGGAGAAGGAACAGUGGUGGAAGCUGGCGAAGGGAACAUCGGAGGGUGAAGGCGGGGUCCAGUAGUAAUGACAGGAGGCCAAAAGUAGAAAGCUCUCCAAUAUUCUCAAGGAAGCGGGGAAAGGAGGAUGGGGAGAGACGCAGCUCCAGCCUCAGGCUCUCCAGGAGGGCUCUGUUCAGGAGUGAGUCCCAGGGUUUACUGGUGCCUCGUAACCACAACGAGGAGCCCACAAAGCGGGCACACUGGGUCUCCUCCUUAGAUGUGGGGCAAGGUGGCAUGGGUAUCAGCAGAGACGAAGGACUCAGACUGCUAAGAGCAAAGGAGGACAAACGUGUGUCCUCCACAGCCAGUCUGUUUAACCUCUCUCGUUCUCAGAGUCUGGAGGGCAGCUGCCAUUCCAUCUCCCCGCUCUCCUCCCCUUCCUUUUCUCCAUCCCCUCCUCCAAGGAUGCCCCUCCAGCGCUCUCGGUCGCUGCGGGACUUGGGGAGGAGAGUGUUUGGCUCCAUGAGGUCUCUGAGUCUCAAACGGAAACCACCCAAGAAAUGACAUUUGUACAAUAAAUGAUCACAGUAGAUGCUACAUCCAUGUGAUACAUUCAAAACACCAGUGAUGGCUGGUUUUGUGUCUCAUCCUAAAUGGAAGUUUCAUCAUUUUUAAUUUUAAAAUGUAACAAUUAUUUUUGGACUGGUUAGACUGACAAGACACUGGUUCUGUAACACUGGCUAAAAUACAAUUUUUUCAUCCACCACCAAUAUGAUGGAAGUUCCUCUCAGGCCCAAAGUGUUUAAACCUUUUAAUUUUUUUCAUGGCAGUUUUCAUUCAUUCUAGUUGUUUUUGUAAAUUUUUAAAGACAGUUGACAUUUCUCUACUUUUAUAGCUGCCAACAAAGUACAAAAUGCCCACCAGAUUUCUCCAAACUAAAAGGUCCUGUAGCACAGUUAAAGUGCUUUGUAGCAAACGAUUGCACUGCAUGUCCCAAAGUCAUUCCUCACUGACACUGCGUUCUUCUAAAAUUUGCAAAUUACAGUAACAAGCAGAGCACAGCAAAAUGUCAGUGAACUAAGGAGACAACUUUAUUUGGGAUGAAGAAUUCCUUUGAGGAGCUGCAAAGAACUACAAACCUUUGACAAUGCUUUGACACCUUGACUACAGUUGUCCCGCUACAAGCAUCGGAAAUGCCUCCAAUUCUGCGUAAAAUGCUGGAAUGGGUAUCUGCGAGUAUGCAUGGUCUAUGCGCUGAUUCGAUACCACAUAAUUUAUUAACAAACGUUAAAGUAAUUUCAAACCCGGAUACAUCUGCUGUUGUCCCAGAAAAGCAAAGCUACUAUUUUAGAUCAGCAAAUAGUGUAACAUGAGCCAUGUGAAAACUUUGGCAAUAUUUUACACCGCAGAGUCCCAUCAGUAAAGAGGCAAUGUGUACAGUAUGCAAGGCUUUAGUUUCGAGGAGUGGCAUUAGUGUUGCCAAUUUCAACACCAGCAGUCUUACAGAGUAUUUAAAGACACAUUACGUGAAAGAUAGCAAUCCUAUCACAUCCAUACAGGCUAAGCAGUAUACAGCUGUUUAUUUUUACCCCCCCAACGCAACGGCAUCGGAUCAGUACUCGAUAUCGGUUGAUACGCAAGUUUGGGUGAUGGGAUCGGUAUCAGGAAGGAAAAAAUGGGCUCAGAACAUCUCUAACCAUAACAGAAACACAGCUCUGAUUAAGACAAAGGAAAUGUACCUCUUUGGUUGAAAGGUUGUCCAAUUUAAAAGGCACUGAACAUACCCAUAUUGGCUAUAAGCAGCUUCCUUAUAAAUAUAUUGGUUGAAUCUUCCUGUGAACCACGAGUAUGAAUGUGUAUGUGUACACUCCCCUUAUGCAUGCUGCUCUGUGACUUGUUUCGUGAUUAUAGCUACUGUGAGAAUGUGAUAUUCCUCUUGGUUUAUAGGCAAUAAUGCCUCUGAAGUACAAUCAUAUUGGCCAGACACUGACCAAAACCAAGCAAAUACUCUUUAACUUGUUAUUGUGCUCAGGAUUUUGAAAUAAAUAUUGAAUGAUGAAUAUUUGAGACAAAAUGUGGCUGCUCAUGGCUUACGAUUAAUAAAAGAAAUGUUUAACUAAACUUGAAAUGUGCGUGAAAUACCUAUAGUAUGUGGUUUGUACAACAUUGACAAUCAAAUGAGUUUGAUAGAAACACAGCUGAGCUUGGACAUUCAUUAUACAAAAUAUUUUACUUGAAAACUCACAAAAUCAACUUUGACCAGACAACUGCAAUCAUGAAGGCAUUAUCAGGACUGAGUAGUACAUGAAGAGUCUCAUUUUAGCUGUCAGAAGCAUCUUUGUGUGAAAUAUCCAAACU